UUUUGGAGCAGCAGUUUCCAGUAGUGGCUAGUGUGUAUGUUGAUAAAUUGGACCAGUAACUACAGGAAAUAUCUUACCUUUUCCUGAACAAUUAGUCACUGAAGGUUGAUAGUUAUCAAUAGGAAAGUGGAUCACUAUCUACCACAUGUGCCAGAUCAGUCAAGCUGUGAUGGAAUGCAGACCUGCAGGCCACUAACAGCAACAAUCUGGUUGAUCAAUCAAUCAAAAUAAAGCCUGACCUCAGGCUUGGAUGUAAGGAGAGAAUAACCCUCAAACACAUCACAGGACCUAAAACGUCAGCCCUGAAGGGUGACUAGUCGCUAGUCAGGGUGGCCUACGAGUCAAUGCAUCAGCCGGACGGGCCAGGAACAACGAGCAAUGUUGAAUUCUGAACGUGAAUUCUCGGUGAAAAUGGGCUGGCCAGUCAGUAGUUAAAACCAGUGUUUUAACCAACCAUUCGUCCAGAACACUCGAAUCUUUCGACAAACAAUCCAUCAAACAAGAACUCUUUUCACGAAGCAUUUUCUCAUUGCACUCUCCAAAUCCCAGAGAAGAGAACUCCCGUUAUCACACACCGUCUUCUAUCUAACGACCCCUACAACGCACCAUUUUUUCCACUCAACACGCCAUCUUCCAUCCAACCAUCCCCCACAACACUAUUAUCCAUCCAACGACCACAGCAACGUACCACCCAUCCAACGACCCUCCGCAACACACCAUCUUCCACCCAACCACCCCCGCAAAACAACAUCUUUCAUCCAUCACCCCCGCAACGCACCAUUUUUCAUCCAACGAUCCCCGCAAUACAUCAUCAUCCAUCCAACGACCCUUAAAAAACACCAAGAUAUCAAGCUGCUCAAGCAAGUGAGAGAGUAAAGCAGAUACUGCUAGUUCCCAAGAGACAUCAGAAGGAAAGAAGAUACUGCAGGAUGGAACCCUUCACGUGGGGAAUCAUAGUAGUGGGUGUCAUCAUCGCUCUCCAGGUGGCUCUGGUAGUGACAGUUGAGAAGAGGCAAGCUGCUGCCGCCGCUGCUGCUGCAGUUGAAGCCUUGCGUAAACACAAGAGCGCGUCCCACGACAAACCAACUGACAAAAAGCUGCUAUAAAACAAGAUUAUAAAAGGUCUAGUUAGAACAAAGUACCAUGACGAAGUUAUAGUUGCACUUAAAUCCAACCACAUCAACACUGACAAGACACCCCACGAUAUUAACAUUACACGGCCACUCAUCACAUGAUAACAAUGAAAGAGGAAUAUCUGUGUAAGACGUGCAACGUAUGCAAACAUUAAUAAGGAAACGUUUUGUCCAUCAGGAACUUUGUCAAUCCAAUGAUAAAGUCCCUAGUGACAUUAUCAAUCCAAUGAUCCACAAAGCCACCAAGGGGCUUCAUCAAACAUUACACUGAUAAAGCAUCUGGUGGCUUUAUAAUUCUAAUGUUGCUGAUGUUUUAUUUACACACUUAUCAUUAUAAACUACCUUUUCUGAUACACUUAAGACUUAUACCUGCGACCAAUUUCCAGGAUUUUACUUUCGAAGCCUGGCUUAGGCCACACUUGAUUGCCUGAUCAAAGUGGAUGUUGCUGUAUAUUUUUUUUAUCACACUGGCCGAUUCCCACCAAGGCAGGGUGGCCCGAAAAAGAAAAACUUUCACCAUCAUUCACUCCAUCACUGUCUUGCCAGAAGGGUGCUUUACACUACAGUUUUUAAACUGCAACAUUAACACCCCUCCUUCAGAGUGCAGGCACUGUACUUCCCAUCUCCAGGACUCAAGUCCGGCCUGCCGGUUUCCCUGAACCCCUUCAUAAAUGUUACUUUGCUCACACUCCAACAGCACGUCAAGUAUUAAAAACCAUUUGUCUCCAUUCACUCCUAUCAAACACGCUCACGCAUGCCUGCUGGAAGUCCAAGCCCCUCGCACACAAAACCUCCUUUACCCCCUCCCUCCAACCUUUCCUAGGCCGACCCCUACCCCGCCUUCCUUCCACUACAGACUGAUACACUCUUGAAGUCACUCUUUCGCUCCAUUCUCUCUACAUGUCCGAACCACCUCAACAACCCUUCCUCAGCCCUCUGGACAACAGUUUUGGUAAUCCCGCACCUCCUCCUAACUUCCAAACUACGAAUCCUCUGCAUUAUAUUCACACCACACAUUGCCCUCAGACAUGACAUCUCCACUGCCUCCAGCCUUCUCCUCGCUGCAACAUUCAUCACACAUGCUUCACACCCAUAUAAGAGCAUUGGUAAAACUAUACUCUCUUACAUUCCCCUCUUUGCCUCCAAGGACAAAGUUCUUUGUCUCCACAGACUCCUAAGUGCACCACUCACCCUUUUCCCCUUAUCAAUUCUAUGAUUCACCUCAUCUUUCAUAGACCCAUCCGCUGACACGUCCACUCCCAAAUAUCUGAAUACAUUCACUUCCUCCAUACUCUCUCCCUCCAACCUGAUAUCCAAUCUUUCAUCACCUAAUCUUUUUAUCCUCAUAACCUUACUCUUUCCUGUAUUCACUUUUAAUUUUCUUCUUUUGCACACCCUACCAAAUUCAUCCAUCAAUCUCUGCAACUUCUCUUCAGAAUCUCCCAAGAGCACAGUGUCAUCAGCAAAGAGCAACUGUGACAACUCCCACUUUAUGUGUGAUUCUUUAUCUUUUAACUCCACGCCUCUUGCUGUAUAUAGAGCCAUCAAAGCCCGGCUAAUCGGGAUUUUGUACAAAAUACCACAAGGACAUUCCCUCCCGCCCCGUCCUCGAUACUAUAUACAACUACAAACAACUAUACACCAACAUGAAAAUGCCAAAAAGCUUUGUGUAUUAAAUGGCUCUCUUAAUUUGUCAUAAUGAUAUCAAACCUGUAACCAAAAUGAGCUCACUGAAAUUUCUAUCUACACUUCGUGAAAAUAAAAGAUUUUGAGUUGAUCUGAUUUUAAUUUCUGAUUAGGCAGCAAAAGCGCCACUAUACGACACUACAAGUUAUUGAUGUUCCCGAGACAAGCCACCAUCAUCAUUAAGAAGUGUGAAGGCUAAUAAAGGUGAAACCGGGAAGAAGCUUAUUCACACUCGCCCCUCAAGGGUGGAUCCUUGACGAUGGCGAGGGGCUCUUGAUCUAGGGAACUGUAUCUGUGCUCCAGUUCCUUGAAUUGUCUGAAUACCUUACAUCCCCCUCCCCGGUACUGUAUAAUCCGUAUGAUUUUAGCACUCCUCCAUGAUUAUAAUAAUUAUUCACACUCGACAUCAUAAGUCACUAAGCGUCACUCGCCUCUCAGUUGACUUCUAGUAAUAUUACCUCCACUCUAACACCCCCACCCACCACCCACAAGAAACAUUUACUGGAGGCCAUAAACAAACACUUGCUUCAGACGAGCACCACGCAGAAUUCUUCACUAAACCGCCUAAGGGAGGUGACAGAAAUGUUUGCAGGUUAUACCAACUGAGUGGAAGAUUUCCAAUCUCUGAUUUCCAGUCUCUAGUGAACUGAAGGGAGCGUUUAAAAUCUCUGGGGUACUAACUGGAGUGUUGACAAUCUCAGGUAUACUACAUUAAACAUUCCAAUUUUUGCUGCGCCGAAUGAAAUCUCUCCAGAUCUCAGGGACCUGCUUGCAAGUACCAGCGCUUACAAUAUAUAAGACGUUAAUAUAAGAGAGCCAGCUAAGUUCCUUGAUAUCUGAAACUCUUAAGAGCUCAACGCACAACCUUAGCAAUGUAAGAAGCACCCUCAGAUCAACAAUUAUAUAUAAGUGCACCUUGGGAAGACUGUUGCACUUUCCUUGAUGAGCCAGCCUGUGGUAGUGACUGGAAAUAAGUCACUCUGUCUGACUUUUUUGGGUUAUCCCAGAUUCUCUACACAUAUGCUGCUAUGCAUGAUAAUUCUAUGUAACUGUAUUUGUGUAUACCUGAAUAAACUUACUUAGAACCACCAACCCCUAACCCACUAUCACUAACCCCUAACACAACAUCCCAGCAUAGUAUGUUUUAUUAAUUCACCAUAAAUAUAAUCAGAACUAAGCGCUAAACCCAAAAGGGUCAUACAGGGCUGAGUAAUAAUAAUAAUAAUCCAAUCGAUAUUUUCAUCUGCUUUAUUAAGGGCAUUUCCACCUAAAGUAUCUUCAAGGCUUUAUUAAGCUUAAAUAGGGAAUUCACUACUCAGCACGCUACUGUUAAAAAAAAUAAAGUCAGCAUCUUAAUAAAAUUGUCUUUAUUUAUCUUACUAAUCACUGACGAACGUAACUACAAAUGUACAUAAUUUAUACUGUAAUGUGUGUGAGACAAGACCACAAGGUAGGUCUUAGUGUGAGACAAGUCUCCCGUUCUCUCUCUCUCUCUCUCUCUCCUGUUCACCCCCUGUUCUCUCUCUCGCUCUCUUGUUCUCUCUCUUGCUCCUGUUCUCUUGCUCUGUCUCGCUAUCCUGUUUUCUCGCUCUGUCUCGCUAUCCUGUUCUUUCUCGCUGAUCUACUCACGUAAAGAAAAAUCUAAUGAUACAUUUUCGGUAAAAUUACAAAUUGCCCAACGGAGGCCGGCUGUAAUUUGAAGAUAGGAAUGUUCGAAUCGCUGCCUCUCACUUUACUGUGAUGGUACAGCUGUUUACACUAACUCUCAUUGUAUUACUAUUUCUUUUCUCACUAUAGGACACCAAAUUAUACACCUUUACCAAUGGAAAAACAUAUAAAGAGCGUUUGAUGCAAUGAGAUAUCAAGAAAAUUUAAAGACACAGACGAGGGAAGAAUCGAACAUGUCAACAUGCUGUCACAGAUAUCAAGUCUUGCCAUUUUUUUUCUUUGACUGAUAGGAAUAAAAUCACAACCUAUCUUCCAACUGAUUCUGCAAAUAAUACUCUUCAGAUACAGUGGAAACUCUAUUCAAGAAUAAAGAUAAAAAAUAUAGACAAAAUAUAGUAAAAGGACAAGUUAAAGGAACUCGGUGGCAUCACCGUUGCUGUCAACUGGUGACUGGACACACUGAUAUCAGCUGAUUUGAAGGAGGGAGGGAGAUGAGGAGGGGGAGGGAUGGAGGGAGAGGUAGAUUGGGUGGAGGGGAGAGAGAGGAAUAGGAACUUCAUGGAGUGACAAUAAGAGCACCAUAGAGGCAAAAGGAACACCAUGGAAGAGCAACAGAACCAUGAAAAAGCAACAGGAGCACCAUGGAGGGGCAAGAAGAGCACCAUGAAAAAGCAACAGGAACACCAUGGAGGGGCAAGAAGAGCACCAUGAAAAAGCAACAGGAGCACCAUGGAAGAGCAACAGAACCAUGAAAAAGCAACAGGAGCACCAUGGAAGAGCAACAGGAGCACCAUGGAAGAGCAAUAGGAGCACAAUACAGGGACAACUGGAGCACCAUGGAAGGAUAACAGGAGUACUAUGGAGGGACAACAGAACCACCAUAGAAAAAACAACAGGAGCACCAUGGAAAAAGCAACAGGAGCACCAUGGAAAAAGCAACAGGAGCACCAUUGAAAAAACAACAGGAGCACCAUGGAAGAGCAAAAGGAGCACCAUGGAAAAAGCAACAGGGGCACCAUGGAAAAACAACAGGAGCACCAUGGAAAAAGCAACAGGAGCUCCAUGGAAAAAACAACAGGAGCACCAUGGGUUAAGCAAAAGGAGCACCAUGGAAGAGCAACUGGAGCACCACAGAGGGACAACAGAAGCACCAUGGAAGGAGCAAAAGGAGCACCAUAGAGGGACAACAGAAGCACCAUGGAAAAAGCAACAGGGGCACCAUGAAAAAAACAAGAGCACCAUGAAAAAAGCAAGAGGAGCACCAUGGAAGAGCAACUGGAGCACCACAGAGGGACAACAGAAGCACCAUGGAAAGAGCAAGAGGAGCACCAUGGAAGACCAAGAGGAGCACCAUGGAAAGAGCAAGAGGAGCACCAUGGAAGACCAAGAGGAGCACCAUGGAAGAGCAAGAGGAGCACCAUGGAAGAGCAAAAGGAGCACCAUGGAGGGACAACAGAAGCACCAUGGAAAGAGCAACAGGAGCACCAUGGAAGAGCAAGAGGAGCACCAUGGAAGAGCAAAAGGAGCACCAUGGAAGGGCAACUAGAGCACCAUGGAGGGACAACAGAAGCACCAUGGAAGAGCAAGAGGAGCACCAUGGAAGAGCAAGAAGAGCACCAUGGAAGAGCAAAAGGAGCACCAUGGAAGGGCAACUAGAGCACCAUGGAGGGACAACAGAAGCACCAUGGAAGAGCAAGAGGAGCACCAUGGAGGGACAACAGAAGCACCAUGGAAGAGCAAGAGGAGCACCAUGGAAGAGCAAGAGGAGCACCAUGGAAGAGCAAGAGGA